UCUAUAUAAGCAGAGGACAAAUCCACUAUUGGCAUUGAUUUGUAACAGGUCUACUGAGAACUAGUUCGUUUCUGCUCCACUUCCGUAGUUUGGAUUCCACACUGAUUUCUCAUUUUGUGCUGAGCUUAUAUAUAAACAUACGUAUAAUCUCUUAAUCUGAUAGAAAUGAGCUAGAAUUUGGAUCUAGUCACGUCGGGAGAAUUCAAGCUUUUUUCCAUGGGUUCUGUUUCGUUCCUCUGUUACUACUUUGUUGCUCUGCUUUUACGUUUCUACUAGUUGCCAAUGGAGGUUUCUUUGGAAGAGGGGGCCAAAAACAUGAGUUCAAUGACAUCAAUUCUGAAUUUGCCAAUACAUGGGUAAAACAUGAGUUCAAUGACAUCAAUUCUAGAUGCAAGAAGAGGCUACGGCGUUUCAUUAAAAGGAAUUUGCCAAUUCAUGGGAAUCUGGUCUUAGAAAGCUUGCAUCUCAAGUUUAGUACUUUUCCAUUUCAACAUGAAGAUAUCGAAUCGAUUGGAAUUGUAGUUUCUCGGCGUACGUGAGCUGAAUAUUGUUUAUUCACCUGGUUCGGGCUAUCCUAACACAUUUUCAAGAAAUCAAGAAGAUUGUAUACUUGCAAAUUGCUUGUUUCCUUGAAACUAUUACAAGAUUCUCGUGGAUGCUCCUUCUUUGAAUAUUUCAAAGUUAUUGAUUACGAUCUCGUGGAUAAUACUGCAUAUAUUCCUAAUUUAUCCAUACGAGAUAUUAUAUAAAUAUGUAUACUAAGAAUUUAUAAUUUGUUAAAACAAUAACUUUCUUAACCGACAACUUUACUUACUUUUUUUUUUUUAGUUUAGGUAUUAUAGUAUUUGUAUUCACUAGUAAGGAUAAUUCAAUAAAUUUGCUUGGAAAAAAGAUUAGUUUUCAAAAACAAUAUAAUGUAUAUUUCUCCAAUUCCAAAAUCCACUUUUUUUAUUUACAUAUAAAGAGACUUAUAUCCGAUUCCUUGAUUUACCUUCUUAGGGUUUUGACAAAUUGAAGAUUUUCUAGGGUUUGUUCUAUUUCUCUGUUUUUAUUAUUCCCUGCCUCUACAUUUCAUUGUUACUAUUCUUCUGACUGGGUAAGAGAAAAGAUAUGGACAAGAUCACUUGGUUUUCUGAUGAUGAAUUGCUCGUGAAGAUCUUAUCGUUUCUUCCAACAAAAGUUGCUGUAAGCACGAGUAUUUUAUCGAAGCAAUGGAAGUUUCUUUGGAUGCGGGUGCCAAAACUUGAGUACGAUGACAUAAGCUUAUAUAAUCGAAAUAUGCUCUCAAGGGAGGGUGACAGUAUAACCGAUUCUUUACUGUUGGCAAAAAGCCUGCGGAUGCUGCUUUUUAUUGACAAGAAUCUUCCAUUACAUUCCUCUCCGGUCAUAGAGAGCUUGUGUCUCACGUUUUACACUACACUAUUUCAACCUGAAGAUAUCAAAUUGUGGGUUGAAAUUGCAGUUUCUCGUUGUGCUCAGGAGCUAAGCGUUAAUUUUUAUCCUUUCAAGGGAAAACGUAAUGCAUUACUACCGAGUAGCUUGUAUACUUGCAAAUCACUUGUGACAUUGAAACUAAGAAACAACAUUCUCGUUGAUGUUCCUCAUGUUUUUUGCCUCCCCUCCUUGAAAACUUUGCACCUUCAACAUGUGAUAUACGCAGAUGAAGAAUCUCUUCAACGGCUUUUAUCUAAUUGCUCUGUUUUGGAAGAUCUAGUUGUGGAACGAUCUCCAUUCGACAAUGUGAGAAAGUUCGCUGUUAUCAUCCCCUCAUUGCUUAGUUUAUCCUUUGAGAUUUCAGAUCUAUGUUCUUCUGAAGGGUAUGUGAUAGAUACUCCUUCUUUGAAGUAUUUCAAAGCUACAGAUAUCAGUACACGUUCCUCAUGUUUGACUGUGAAUAUGCCUAAGCUGGAGGAGGCAGAUAUCAUCACUGCUGGUCACAAUAUCAAGAAGCUUCUCAAAUGUGUCACUUCUGUCAAGCGACUUUCAUUGCUUAUACAAAACAACAUGACAGAGGUUGUCACUGGUGUAUAUGGUGAUGAUAUUGUCUUUGAUGAGCUUAAGGAUCUGAAGUUUAGUAUCUAUAACGCAUAUUGGUCCAAGUUACUAUACUGGUUGCUCAAAGCUUCUCCCAAACUACGAAACUUGAAGUUCAAGGAACAAUUUUCACGUGAUGGUAUGGAUAGACUGGGUUGCUGGAAUCAACUGACUAGUGUUCCUCAAUGUUUGUGGUCGAGUCUCCAAACUUUCAAGUGGUUAGGUAACCAUGAUUCCAUAGAAGGGAAAGCUCUGGCGACAUAUAUUUUGAGAAAGUCUUGCCGGUUAAAGACUGCAACAAUUUCGAUCGGACAAGGACAAAACAAGCUUGAGAUGGAGAGGGAGGUGAAAUGUUGUUUCCGUGGUUCACCCACAUGCAACCUCGUAUUCAGUUGAGGAUUCGAAUCAUUA